AUGUCAACAAAAAAUUUAUAUUUAACCGAUUUUAACAUUUGGGACGUUGAUUUCAAUGAACACAAAUUAUCAUUAGAACAAAUUUUUGCUGAAAAGAAUCGUAAACAAAUAAGUGAAUUUUUUUAUGAUGAGAUUUUCACAGGUAGCGAUAAUAAAGCUUUAUUUGAUCGUGGAGUUAAAGAUACAAUCAAAGCUACCAUGGAAGGCUACAAUGGUAACAAGAAUCAACCUGGUGUGAUUAAGCAGGCUGUAGAUACCGUUUUUUCAUAUAUUAGAAAUGCAAAAUUUCUACUCAGGGUAUCAUACAUGGAAAUAUACAAUGAAAAAAUAAAUGAUUUACUUAUUCCUGUUAAUAAAGAUCUUAAAAUUCAUGAAGACAGAUUAGUUAAGGUUGUGGUCACAAAACCUUCAGAAGUCAUGAAGGAGAUUUCACGGGGCGAAUUAAAUCGUCAUACAGGUUCAACAAAUUGGAAUGAAAGAAGCAGCCGUUCACAUACAUUAUUCAAAAUGGUAAUUGAAAGUUCUUCAAAAGAUGCUAUGCCUCGUCGGUUUUCAUCAUCCUCAUCGGCUUCAUCAUCGGCUAAAACAUCGGGAUCUGUUUCUGUUUCUAACUUAAUUGAUUUAGCUGGGUCAGAGAAAGCUGCGAGUGAUAUUGAAAGAAGAAAAGAAGGAGCUUUUAUAAAUAAAAGUUUAUUGACCCUUGGAAGCGUUAUAUCAAAAUUGACCGAUAGCUCUGGUGGGCAUAUACCUUUUAGAGAUUCAAAAUUAACAAGAAUUCUUCAAAGUUCUCUUGUUGGAAAUGCAAGGAUAUCUGUCAUUUGUACAAUUUCUCCAUCAUCAUUAAAUCUAGAGGAAUCAGUUAAUACUCUUAAGUUUGCCUCUCGUGUUAAGGAGGUUGUUACUAAGGCUCAAACUAAUACGCUCAUUGAUGAUAAGGCUUUAAUUAAGAAAUAUCGUAUGGAAAUUGAAGAAUUAAAAGCCCAACUCGAAAAAACUGGUACUUAUAAAGAAGAGGAAAUUUCUGUGAUGUUACAACAAGAAAGAUCCAAAUACGAAGAAAAGUUUAUGGAAAUGGAACUUGUUAGAACUGCAUUAAAGAAGAGAAUAGAUGACUUGACGAGUUUGAUUUUAAAUAGCAAUUCAUUUGCUCCUUCUUCAUCACGAAAACCAUCUAGUGAUGCUGUUGUUGUUCCUGCAAUUGAUUCAAGGAUUCAUGAGUUUGAAAUGUUGAUUGAUGAUAAAAAUUUAAAGAUUGACUCAUUAACCUCUAAUAUUUCUGAAAAAACUGAAACGAUUAAAGAUUUGCAACGACAGUUGGAAGCAUUAAAGAAUACUAACAGGCCGGACUUAAAUUUGACAUUAGCUGAGCUGAAUGAAAAACUAAAAGAAAAGGAUGAUAAAUUAGUGUCGUAUUGUAAUUCGACAGAGGAGUUAGAAAUAAUUGUUAAGGAGGACAAGAAGCUUAUUAAAGAGAAGAAUUCCAAGAUUCAGGAAUUGUCAAAUAUUAUUGAAGAUGAUAAGAUACUAAUCGGUGAAAAAAAUGAGAAAAUUCAGGAAUUGUCAAAUAUUAUUGAAGAUGAUAAGAUACUAAUCAAUGAAAAAAAUGAGAAAAUUCAGGAAUUGUCAAAUAUUAUUGAAGAUGAUAAGAUACUAAUCAAUGAAAAAAAUGAAAAAAUUCAGGAAUUGUCAAAUAUUAUUGAAGAUGAUAAGAUACUAGUCGGUGAAAAAAAUGAGAAAAUUCAGGAAUUGUCAAAUAUUAUUGAAGAUGAUAAGAUACUAAUCAAUGAAAAAAAUGAGAAAAUUCAGGAAUUGUCAAAUAUUAUUGAAGAUGAUAAGAUACUAAUCAAUGAAAAAAAUGAAAAAAUUCAGGAAUUGUCAAAUAUUAUUGAAGAUGAUAAGAUACUAGUCGGUGAAAAAAAUGAGAAAAUUCAGGAAUUGUCAAGUAUUAUUGAAGAUGAUAAGAUACUAAUCAAUGAAAAAAAUGAGAAAAUUCAGGAAUUAUCAUCAGAAGUGAUAAAGAAAGAUGAUGCUGUUGAAGAAAGGAACACAGAAAUUAAGGAAUUGUCAUCAGAAUUGACAAUUAAAGAUGGAUCAAUCAGUGAGAAAAAUGUCAAGAUCCAAGAAUUAGCACUUGAAAUAUCAAAACUAGGCAAAAUUGUUGAUGAUGAUAAGAGAUUAUUCCAAGCAUUGUUAUUGGAUAUAUCAAAAAAUAACAAAACUAUAAACGAAUUGAAAAAUCAUUAUUGUGUAAAUACUAAAACAAUUAGAGGGCUUAAAGAACAACUAUCAAAGAAAGAUCAGGAGAUAAUUUUGUAUAAACAAAAACAUGAUUUUGAGGAGGAAUUAGAGGUGCAAAGGGUUAUUAAGCAAAGAAGCGGAAAUAUUGUUUUCACUCAAUUGGCACUACAUCAUAUUGACAAAAAUGUUUCAAUUGAUCCAAUCAGCUCCGUUCCUAAAGAUUUUGAAUUAUAG